CUAAAGGCAUCCUCCCAUAAGCUUCAUCCUCCAGUAACAGAUGGCAUGUCGCCUCCACACAGUCCAUCCAACGUAUAUCAUCUUCCAUAACCUCACUUCCUCCUUGAUCUCCCCUAACGGCAUCUCAACUGUUCCCAAGGCCCCCAAAGACUCCGCCGCUGCACCCAGCCCUGCCAGGAUAACGACCAUGUCUCCGGAACCAGCCACAUUGCAAUCGAGACCUUCUUCAGCUACGCCGCUGCCUCCGACCCUGUCAGAUUAACGACCAUGCUGGAAGAUGGCUCAACCACAUGUGAGCUGUUAGCCAAGCCAACUGACUGCUCGCUGCCCCCAGCCCUGCCGGGUUAACGAG